UCUCGCUCACCAACUUGUAACGAACCUAGCUCAAACUUCUUCUUCAUCAUCAUCCAAUGCACACGAUGCAAAAUCUCUCUUCUUCAUGUGGUAUAAAAAUAUAGCAAAUCUAGGUGCAUCUGGGUUCAGUUUAAUUUUCCGUAUGGACGUGAUCAUGUUUCAGAGAUCUGCCGAUACUAAUUUCUAAAUCCAAGAGGCAUAUGCAAUUAUUAUUCAUGAUCUUUGACGACGUGAGUUAAAAGAUACACAUACGGUUGCUUGCCCACCUAGAACGCAGUUCUCUGAAUGUCUGAAUAAUUAGUAAUAUAUAUUCAGAGUGAUUGGCCUGUCGCCAUUAUCGUAUCGAUCUCUUGUUUUGGGGUUUGCUUGUGUUGGUUGUCUCUGUCAUCUCCGGCGAUGACCGAGAUGGACGGCGCGGCGAGGGCGGUGAGCCUCUUCUUCCGCAUCGCGGUGGUCGGGCUGUCGGUGGCGGCCGCCGUCGUGAUGGCCACGGCGAGCCAGGCCUUCCCCUUCAACUACGGCGGCGCCGUCUCCUACACCAAAUACCCCGCCUUCGUGUACUUCGUGGUGGCGGCGGUGGUGUCGGCGGUGUGCUCGGCGGCGGCGCUGUACCUGUCGGUGGUGAGGGAGGCGGCGGCGGGGUGGGCGGUGGCGCUGCUGGACGUGGUGACGAUGGGGCUCCUCUUCUCGGCGGCCGGCGCGGUGUUCGCCGUGCGGAGGAUGGCGCCGCUGUACCUGGGGGUGGCCGGGGCCGACACCGUCGCCGGCCGGUGGGUCAACGGGGAGUUCUGCCACGCCGCCGGCGCCUUCUGCUGGAGGGUCACCACGUCGGCGAUCAUCUGCGCCUUCGCCGCCGCCGCCGUCUCCGUCGCCGUGCUCACCAAGGGCGCGCGCCACCGAGGCAAGCACUAGCUGAUCGACGUAUAUAUACGAAGCCCGUACGUAUAUACGUACAUAUAUACAUAGGUCGCCCCGUAGGUUAAUUCAGGCGAAUUUGAAAGGUAAAUUACAGAGGAUUGCAGGGGAGAAAAUUUAUUAAACUCAGUUUGUUCUGUUGUUUUUUGCUGAAACAUUUAAAUUAUUAUUUCGAUUCAUCUUUGUAUAUAUUAUUUCUAUAUAUAUGGACACGUAUAUACUACAUCGUAUCAAGAAAAAAAGAAGGUGUUCACAAUCGUUGCCUCAAGA